ACUGUCUACAUAGAUAUGCACUCGAACCUCAUUUUGAAACUAUUUCUUUAUAUAGGAUCUCAAGUACUCACCUUCUGUUCAUUUAUAGAUAACCACAAUGGCAGUAUCAAUGACCCAGUGGAAGAUGGUGAUACUCUUCUGCACCUCUGCUGUCUAUAUGGCUACCUUCCUUGUGUCCAGCUAUUGGUGGAAAGGGGAGCCAACUUAGAGCCCAAGGAUGAAGAAGGUGCAAUACCUCUCCAUGAUGCUUGUGCAGGAGGAUUCAUUGAAAUUGUUCAAUAUAUAAUCAAUUCGGCUGGGAAUGCUGACUUUGUAAAGCGAAUGCUGGAAACCACUGACGCUGAAGGCGAUAUGCCUCUCCAUCAUGCGGCAAGAGGAGAACAUUUGAAUGUUGUGCAUUUGCUUCUUCAAGCUGGGGCUUCACCUAAGACAACAAAUGUUUAUGGAAUGAAACCUGCUGAGCUUGCCGAAUCAGAUCCUGUCCGAAGUACCUUAGAAGCUGCAGCUGCAACUGAUUCUAUCAUUUCAGGGUAGAAAAUUCUAUGACCUGCGUAACAAGCAGUGGCUUAUGAUAUAUUAUGAUUACAUGAUGAUGCAACAAAAGGAACAUGGGUAUUACCAAACACUUCAUAUUGAUGGCUGAGGAAGAAAGAUGCUUACUUGCUUCUUAUCAGCAUGGACAUACACUUAAUCUGUUAAAAGGUUGAAGAAAGUCAUGCAGCAGCUGAGCAGACAGCUGGUGAUUAUUGUACAGGUUGUUGCUUCUCUGGAAGAAAUCAAUUUUGGUAGAGUCCAGAAAAGUUAUAGAGAUAGGAUAUAAAUUAUUAGUUUUGAAAGGGUUUGCUGACAACAAGGUAAAGAAAUACUGAUCAU